CUUUGAACUGCUUCGCAUUGUUAAUUCAUCCGGCGAGUAACCGUCAAUCAGAAGUCAAUCGCUUGGUGUUUUCUUAAAGGUAAUUUUGGCAGUUCUAGGCGUUGAUGAUGCCAACUUCAGUCGACGCUGAGAAGGGAAUCCAGCUAGCGCGCACAUGGGGAGCUGUUGACUCAGUUGAUUGGCGGCGGACAAAAAUUACAUAAAGCGGCAGUCUUGUCUUCUUCGACAGCCCAAGAUGAGGACUCGGAAGUCUAAUCAGGAGAAACGCUUUCAUCAACACGCUUUCGUCGCUCUAGAUUCGUCGGAUGAGGAGGAUCUACGAAGAGCCGCCAAGGAACGGAAUGAUGACUCCGACGAGGGUUUCGUGGACGAUCCGGCAAACCACGAGCCCGAUGACGAAGAUGGACUUGAAAACGCGGAGCUGACUGCUGCGUCAGAGUCAGAGAGUGACGACCCCGUGGAAUACAAGAUCAUGUCGCACAAGGGACGACAUCGAUCUUCACUGACUAGCGGCAGAUCCCAAGAAGGAGCAGAAAACACCGUCGAAAGAGCGCCUGGAGAUGUAAGGCGGUAUCCUGACGAGCCAUCCAUGAAAUGGACGCGGAGUUAUAUGGGUCCAGUCAGCAGGCAUGUGCAUCUUGCUCAGUUGUGCGGAUACUGGUUUGGUGAUCGAGAUAGUUAUCGACGGAUCAUCAAUAUCUUCGUUCUCCUAUGGAGUCCUUACGACCUCUUCCCACCGAAAUUGAUACGUGAUAAGGAUCUCGCGAUGGCUAAGAAUCCUUGGUUACCACAAACGUUCUGGGCAGAUCAGCAGAAGAAACUCGUUGAUUGGUACUUUAACUAUCUUUCGACACGACAAAAACCCUCGCUUUCGCAGCCCAUUCAGCAGACAAACGCGGAACGAUGGUUUUUACCUAGGGCAGAAACACAGAUGACGACAUUUCUCGGACCAUAUAGUAGCCAAGUGAAGCAGAAAACAAAGCAGGACCAGGCCGUUGCGCUCUCAUCUAAUGGCGCACCUAUCGAAAAAGAGGACACUGUCACGGAACCCAGUGGUGGCUGGAUGCUGGAUGUGGGAGGCAUUCCUUUAUCCAUAGACUGGGCACCACGGACUGAAGCAGUUGACCAAUUACUGGCUCUGACCGUAAUACCGUAUUCAGAUCAGGCUUACUAUCAGUCGCCCGAUGAAGCACCGCCAGAAGGGAGUCUCAAGCAAGGAAACGUGCAAAUAUGGAGCAUUGGUACACGAAAGGAUGACAAGGGCAUCGUGGCAUUCGCCCAGUCGCAACCGUACCGAGCAGCAGCUUUGUGUUUUGAUGGGUGGGGUCGAGCAAUCCGAAUACAGUGGUGCCCGGUACCGCUCUCAGUGGGUAGUACCACCGGUUUAUUGGCUUUUCUCGCUUCAGACGGAAAGGUACGAGUGGUCGAAGUCAAACAAUCCUGGAACGAAAGGGGCAAGAGAUCAUUUGAGGAGAUUCGGGAACCACUCGCCACUCUUGAGCUCAAGGGCGAGUACAACAUUAGCAUAAUCUCAUUCACCUGGAUGAAUAUGAAUCGCAUAGCAGUUGGUCACUCGGACGGUUCAGUGGCAAUUUGGUCACUGUACCCAUGCGUGAUGCUUCAGCGGCACCCCAUCCAUUCCAGCCCAGUUAUCGACAUUAAAUCCGGCUAUCCAUCGCAUCCAUUUGUUUUGGCGACUGUGCCUACCGGAGGCGUUGUUACCAUCACAGAUCUCAGCAGGCCAAAUGCCGAACUCGCCUAUGUCCCGAACCUCAUGGUUUCGUUUCAGCCGGGCGUGCUUGCUUGGUCAGAACACCUGCGUGGCUUCGUCUCGUUAUGGCCAUCCUCAUCGCCUUCGAAUAUCGCCAUGUCGUUUAUGUCAGUCCGCGCAUGGCCACAGUCGCGGUUCGUGGUUGCCAUCUCAGGCCAACCGACCUGCGCUGCUGUAGGACGAUGUCAUCCCUACCUUCUGGUGGGGUCGACAGAUGGAACACUAUGGCUCUCGAACCCCUUCCGCAGGGUCUUCUUUCACAAAAGGAAACACAGAAAGCUAAAGGUCUUCCAACACGACUACCAGACCUUGCCAGCUAGCGACGGAAGUGGGCAGCAAGGAGACCACGAGAUACCAAGAGGCAUUUGCAGGAUCUUAAACGACUUCAAACCUCUGGAGAACUCGCAUCCGCGGCACGAUAAAAGCGGCGCACAGGUGAGACAGAGGCAUGACGCGCAAAAGAAAAAAGAGCAACAGAAACGCAACAAGAAGAAGAAGGGUAAAGGCAAAGCUAAGCAAGAGGCGGCCGCGGAGGAAUCCGAGGGUGUUGAUGUCGACAGUGACCCCGAUGAGGAACUUGUAGGUAGAGGCACAGGCGACGUGGUGAAUUGUGACCCUCUGCAGCGUAUAUCAGCGGUGGCGUGGAACCCAAACGUCGAGUUCAGCUGGUGGGCAGCGGUAGCAAUGGCAUCUGGUCUUGUGCGCGUCAUGGACUUGGGCGAGGAACAGGCUGCCCGCAGGAAGCAAAGGCAUGGGGACUUGGGCGAGGGCGAGGGCGAGGACAACAACGAAGACGCGACGGUUGAUAUGGAAGAAGAUAUCGACGAGGAAGUGGAAGAUGAUGCAUUCGGUGAAGAGGACAUUUCAGCGGAUGAAGCAUCUGAUAUCACCAUGGAGGAUGGGUUUUGAUGAGUGUUGGCCCGUGUCCGCCGUACCGGAAGGUACGUACCGGGAACACGCGCAAUAUAGACAGGCUCUAUGGCCGUAAUCAUAAGUUCCCGGCCAUGAAUAAGACAGCUUUUCGGCCCUUGCCCUGGGGUUGGCCCCGCGCGUCAAUAUAUCGAUGGGAUGUGCAACC